AUGGCCGGGGUCGUCAAAUGGCUCCGGGGCCAGAAUACCGCCCCGGGGCCGGACGGUAUCCCCGGCCGGGUCUGGUUGCUCGCCACGAGCGUCCUGGGGGAGAGGCUGAGGAGCCUCUACUCUGGGCUCCUGAGAUCGGGGACGUUCCUCGACCUAUGGAGAGAAUGUUGGAUGGUCCUCUUGAGGAAGGAUGGGAGGCCGGAGGAUUCUCCCUCCGCGUACAAGUCCCUCUCGGACAAUGCCGUGGCAAGGGGCGGGGUGUGCUUGGCGGUGUCCAUUGACAUCGUCAAUGCGUUCAACACCCUGCCCUGGUCCGCCAUCAGGGAGGCCCUCGUCGAUCACCAGGUGCCUCCCUAUCUGAGGCGG